CUUGAAAACGGCCAGCCAUGGCGACUGCAACAUCAUCAUCCUGGGCGGUCUCCUUUCGCAUGGGCGACUGCAAGUGCGCGGAUCGCGCCUCGCUCUUCGAGCACAAGUAUCUCCGCACGCACCGCGCCGGCAGCGUCAAGCUCGUCCGGUGCUUUCCGCACUGCUGCCCGGAGCACACGUACGCCAACUUUUGCACCACGUCGCUCGACGUCGUAGUCUCGAACGCGACGCUUGACAUCGACGCCGACCUGGCGUACCUGCGGUUCCAGCCGUCGACGGACCGGGUGCUGGCCGUCGGCGACGUCGUCGACGAAGCGACUGUUGUCCACAGCACGCGUAGCCAAGCCAACAUCAAAGGCGACUGGAUUGCGAGCGACUCGAGGCAGUUGGACGCGAGUACGAUGACGUACCGCUUCAACCACCACAACCUCCUCGGGUGGCACUACGGCUGGGUGGGUACGUCCACGAAAGCCCACCGCACGGCGACCCACCGCAUCGUCGCCUACGUCCUUCGCCGACUGGGUCCGCAAUCGCUCCGCGUCGUCGGCGUCCACCGGUCGCCGCCGUUUAUCAUCAUGUCGUACCGACGAGCGUGCUACCAUUGCCAAAAGCACCGCGGCGGCGUUACGACGACGGGUUGCGAGUGCGACGGCGAGUUCAACGCGCGCCUGGCGUCGUCUCCGCCGCCGUCGUCGGGUAGCAGUGCGGGGUCUCCGCCGCGCCCGAGCACUGCACUCGCGACGCGACGUGUCGAUCCGAUGGUCAUGGGGCAGCAGCUCGGCACUGUCAUGUCCUUCCUGCACCGACUGCCGUCGCACGCGUUCGCAGGCAAGUACGAUCGAAUCGCAGAGCAGCUGACAAAGAGCUUGCUCCAGCCACUCGGUGCUCGGUGGGGCUCGAGCCGCGUCACGUUUCCGCGAUGGAUGCGGCCGACGCCGGCGACCCCAGGCUCGUCGUCGCUCGACGCGUUAACGACGGUCUGCCUCGACCUCUUCCUCGCGAGCGUCUCGAUGGACACAAUGUUUGAGCAGUCCAAGUUCAUGCAGGCGAACGCGCCGCGGCUCCUCGACCGGCAAGCGCUACAGGACGCGUACCUCGAGUGGCUCCAUUUACACUACCGCUACUUCAACCACCUCCUCGAGCCCAUGUUCCUCACCCUCGAGGGCCUCGCGACGCACAUCAACGCCGUGUCCCAAGCGGGUGCGCUGGUGCCGACGGCGAUCGGGACAACGUCGAUCACGGGGUUUGAGAACUUUGUCGCCCAGCUACGCGAGGUCUACAUGGGCGUGCCCGUGGCGGCGCCGCCGGUUCGGAACUUGGUGCCGUCGUCGUUCAACGGCCACUGGGUCUUCCAGGAGACGCUCUCGUCGGCCUUUUCGAUGGACCCGAGUGAGUUUGACCCGUCCGUGAUCACGAUCGUCCGCAGCAUCACCAUGACGUACGCGUUCCAGUGGGUCCUCUCGGUCACGUCGCUGCACAUGCGCUCGGACCUCGAAGCGCACCCGACGCAAUGGAGCGAGAUGGUGCUGGACGGGCACCCGCGUGUCUUUCGCGUCUUCCCGAACGGCGAGGCGUCCAUGACCAUGGUGGCCGGGUACCUCCACGGCGACUACCGCGCGUGGCUCGAAAACAACCAACUGCUGACGAUCCAGAUCUACACGUGGGGCUCUCACGAUGCGAUUUGCGUCCGGUUCCAAGCCCGCGCGGCCCAUGGACAGCUCGAGAUUCAAGUCACGGUCGUGCGGGCGCCGAUUCUGAAAGAUGACGGCGACGACUGGUCGACGUGGACAGCGUCGUCGCGCUGCGCAGCGUUUCGCCACGAGAUCGAGUCGGUCGUCGUGCGCUUCCAGCUCGUCUACAAGGACAUUCCGCUGCACGAGACCUCCUCGGCAUCGAUGCGAACAAGACAAUACUAGAGUAUAAUAUUGUCCUAUUG